UGUUCUCUCUUUCGGUUUGUUGUGCAAAGCCAUGAUACGACAAAACAUGAGAUGAGGCUGAAAUAGGAAUAGGAGAACUUCACUUUGUAAGUGAUAAGACAACUAAUAUAUUCAUUCAAACUGCUGUCACAGUUGACUUCAAUGUUAAACUGUAAUUGUGAUACGAGAAAACAGUGGACACUCUUUUGAAGAAAAAACAAAAAUACUCAUCUGAUGAAACUUCACUGACGCUGGACACCCUCUACACAGGGAAGUAUGGCCGACCAAAGCCAGAAAAGCAGUUUCUAUAACGGUUACAAUGACAAUCGAUCAUCCACAACAGGACCACCUGUCUCAAGCAACACCUCAAGUAUGUCCCAGGGGCUCGCCGGGGCCGGAUGCAGAGUGGAUACUCCUGUACAAGGGACUUCUGCUGGUCAUGCAUCAUUGAUGGGACAGCAAGAUGUUAGGAGGUCCGAUGCAGAUCGUGGUCAUCAGGCCUGUGGUGGGGCAACUGCAGAUGGCGCUGAUUGUUUUGGAGAAAAGAGAUAUGACACCGGCCUUGGAAUAAAUGUGCGCAUAUAUUCCGGCGACAUAUCUAAAUCUGAAGCAGAUGCCAUCACAACUGGAGAGGGACUACAAGUUAUUCUUAUGAGUCAGGUGACAAGAUCUAUUGCUCAUCUUCUUGGAACGCCAUUUGAAGAAAGAAGAGAAAAAUUGUUUACAACAAAUGGAGGACAUUUAAAGGGAGGGGAAGUGUAUGUUACAAACAUAAAAAGUGAUCUUGUUAAAUACCAAUAUGUGCUGCACACGGUCGUACUUGUUAAUCGUGGCUCUAUCAGCGAUGUCAGAAGGCUGUAUUGCAAAGUGCUUGAAAGAUCAGAUCUCCUCAAAGUGGAUACAGUAGCUGUUCCAUUGCUGGGUACAGGCAGCGGUCAAAUCGGUCAAGAGGAUGCCAUCAGAGCAUUGGCAGAUGGCCUACACCGCUAUGCAAUAGACAGGCUUAAAAGAUAUACUAAGCCUCUCAAUGUAGAGAUUGUGACACCACAAGUGAAACUUAUAGAUAUUGUCUACAAGGAAAUUGAGAAGUGUUUUAACAGCCAACCAGCUCCUGCAUCAACACAAAACAGUGGCACACUAAUGUCGAAGACAUCAUCCAAGAAACAUCUACAAGGUUCCGCUGAACACACAACGCACAGAGCUUCUGGUCACAAAUGCUCUGAUCGAAGCUAUACAUGGAAUAAAGGCCCACAGCUGAGAUCAAAUCGACUCACAACAGUAAGUAACGGCGCUAUGGUCGCUGCCUUUGACACUGAGAAAGCCGGCACUGGUGCCAUCCAUGGUCUAUACCAUGAGCCAGGAAUGACCAAUUUGCAAACCAGAACUGCAGAUCUCUCUCUUGGUUGUGAUGUUCCCAGUAGAAAGCCCCAUGGGCACAGCAGUGGUAAUGAUGCUGGAGACACUCCUCAUCUGGGAACCAGUUCGGGAUGGGGAGGACAAUGCAAUGAAACUUCCAGUUCAGGUGGAGAUCAAGACGGUUUGGAAGAGACAGACAGAGUUAUUCCUGAAGAGCAGCCUGACCUGAAGGUUACUGAUGUCGGCAGGGCAGAGGAAGAAACGUGCCCAAUCUGUAUGGACUUGAUCCAAAAUAUGAAAGUGUUGGGCAAAUGUGGUCAUAAAUUUUGCCAAAAAUGCAUUGAAGACUGCUUCAGGAGCUGUAAGCCCAUCUGUCCAACGUGUCUGACUGUGUAUGACGUCAUCACUGGCAACAUGCCACAAGGGACGAUGUCUGUGAAUACAGCAUCCUUCCCCAGCCUACCUGGAUACGAGGGGUGUGGCUUCCUCACCAUACAGUACCAUUUCCCAGAUGGUUGGCAGACACACAAUCAUCCCCAUCCAGGCCGACGUUACCAUGGAACAUCACGUGUAGCCUUCUUGCCAGCUAAUGGAGAGGGGCGGAAGGUGUGCCGACUUCUCCAACUGGCCUUUGAUCGAAAACUGACUUUCACAGUGGGAAGGUCAGCGACCACUGGCCGCGAUGACGUGGUCACCUGGAACGACAUCCACCACAAGACGAACGUGGAUGGUGGUCCCACCAGAUUCGGAUACCCAGACGACACCUACUUGUUUCGGGUCCAGGAGGAGCUGGCCAGUAAAGGUGUCACGGAGGAUCAGCUGUAGCACACACACACCCACCAGUUGGUGUCACCGAGAGACAGCUGUACUUCACCAGCUCUGACAGGAUCUCUCACACACAUCCCUGCUGUCACCGAGAGACAGCUGUACUUCACUAGCUCUGACAGGAUCUCUCACACACAUCCCUGCUGUCACCGAGAGACAGCUGUACUUCACCAGCUCUGACAGGAUCUCUCACACACAUCCCUGCUGUCACCGAGAGACAGCUGUACUUCACCAGCUCUGACAGGAUCUCUCACACACAUCCCUGCUUUCACCGAGAGACAGCUGUACUACACUAGCUCUGACAGGAUCUCUCACACACAUCCCUGCUGUCACCGAGAGACAGCUGUACUUCACUAGCUCUGACAGGAUCUCUCACACACAUCCCUGCUGUCACCGAGAGACAGCUGUACUACACCAGCUCUGACAGGAUCUCUCACACACAUCCCUGCUCCCAGGAGUGGCAACGGAUGGCCCUGUUGCCUAAUCCACUGUGCAGAGUUGUGUCCCUUAGGUGGGCCCUGUAUCAUGGGUUCGAAUCCCAGAAUGCCUUGCUUGUAGAAUUCCUGUCAGUGACAACAGCGGACACAAUACUCCUAUUACACAGUAUUUAUUGAACAUGUAUCACACUUAUUUGUUCACAAUAGGGUACCCUAGAUCACACAGAAACUGCAAAGUUUUUCUUAUUUUGGUCACCAUAAAAUAAAAAGUAAAUGGAAACAGCUGAUUGUCCACGUGCCUUUACAUUAUUAAAAGUUGGUGCUAUUUCGGACAACUCUAAUUAUUUAUAACAUUGAACACGUUGAAUAGUGCACGUGAAGUGAGAAAUGUUGAUCUCUGAGAGUCUACAGACAGUGCGAAUAGUCUAAACAAAAUGUUUUCCAAAGGAGGAAUCAACAAUCAUGUAUGUAUCGCGGUAGAAAUCAAGCUCGGUAUCAUGAGGUAUUGUUUCCAGCUCCCAAGUGAUGACAUCAUAGAUCACCUGUUGUCUUGAAUACUGAAUGGGACCUGUUGAUGUUACGUUGCUGACACAGUGUCAAUCAUGUUUUUAUGCCUAACCUCACAUCAUACUGUCCUACCUGUGAUCUAUUUAAUAGCAUUUCAUAAUGUAUUAUGGUGAGUCAUUUCCGGAGCACAACUUGAAAACUGUGAAAGACUUUUUUAUCAAAACCUGGUACAUUUAUUAACCAAGGGCAGAAGUGGUUCCUUUUACUAUUUGGGAAUUUUUCAAAAUUUCAUUUUUCCCUGUAUCCAUGAAAACAAGUUAGACUUAGCUGAAAUGGAGGUAGGUGUCGUUUCCGGAACAGAAUUAUAAAACUGUUCAACAUUUAUCAUCCAAACUUGGUACAUGUACACAUAUUAAACAAGGGCUGAAGAGGUGCUUUUGCUAUUUAGGACAUUUAUAUUUUUUCCUGUUUUGCAAGGCAACAAGUUUGACUUUGACUGUGUUCAUUGUGGUGUCCUUGUCCAGACCAUGUCUCUAAAACCAAUAGCUAUUCUUUCAUGGCACUUUGCACACACAAGACCAGUUUGUCAGAUGGUGCCUUUUGCAAUUUAGGGCUGUUUAGCAUUUAUAUUUUUUCAUUUCUAUGGCAGCACGUUUGACUUUGACUCUCUUCACAGCGAUAGAAACUAACUGUUUUAGUCCACUAGUCCUUGUAAUUAAAACAUAUAGCAAAACCCUUAAUAAUGGCAAAUUUCUACUACCUUAUGAUACCUUAACUAUUGGGCAGUUUGGCAAGGACUAUAUGCCAAUAUCUAACACUGCUUCUUAGAAAUGUGUUUCUCCAGACUAUAUUUCUAAAACCAAUAGGCACUCUUUUUAAAGCUAUGCACACACAAAGACCAGGUUGUCAACUGGUGCCUUUUGCUAUUUAGGGAUUUUUAGAAUAUAUAUUUUUUGUUUCCAUGGCAACGCGUUAUAUUUUUACUGUUCUUAGUGGUGUGUACUUGACAUAGAAAUACAAAGUUCUGUAUCCUUAUUCCAUGGUAUUGUUUUGAUAGCACAAUAACUACUCUUGUACAAGGACAGACAGAUUAGAUAGAAGUUCUCUCAUCAAAUUGGACUUUGAGUAAGAGUCAAACAAUUUGUUCUUUUUUUCAUUUGUGGUGGCUGGGGGAAUUUGUCAUCUUCUGAUGACUUUUGUUUAUUGAGCAACCUGUUUGUUUGUUUGAUUAUAUUUAGUAUAUUAAGUCAGAUUAACCAGCCAUGAUCAAUGCACUGUUUUCUAUACUCUAUAAAUACCAGAUUAUUAACACUUUUCUCAGAAUGAUCACAAUCUGAUACUUGUAAACAUCAAUGAUUUCUCUCUUGAAAAGUUUAUUAUAGUAGAUGAGAGCAAUGUCUACAUAGUUGCAAAUCUUGUCACUGCUACGAUUGAUAAACCUAUUUUGUGGGAAACAGGAUGUUUCCUGUAACAAAUGUUACAUUUGGGAUAACACUUUCUUAGUAAAUACAGAUUCUCGUACAUUUUGGGUUGAGUCCCGUCCUGGAUUCGAACCCACACUGCCAGAGUGAGGAAGGGAGUUAACCAAAAAAGUACGAGAAUCUGUAUUUACUAAGAAAGUGUUAUCCCAAAUGUAACAUUUAUUACAUUUGACCACUUUCUAAAUGGCAUUGUGUGUUCAUAAGAUGUUUCCUAUUUGGAAAUAACAUGUGGACACCAAUGACAUGAUCACUCUCCCCACUCCCUGAAGAAAUGGUACCCUUGUAUUAUGUAUACUACUCAAGGGAAGUUAAGGAGCACCCGACUCUUUCUUAUUACUUCAUAUUAAGUCAUGCCACGAGGGAUUAACUAUCAUAUGAAAGAAAUGGAUGUUCUUUGUGGUAUUGUCAAGACUACUACCACAUCUAUGAUACAAUUAUAAGUAGUCAUGCCCCUAACAGUAUAGCUUGUACUUCCUGUGUGCUGGGCAUGUAGGUAAUAGUCAGUACACCGCGGUGUAUAGAAGUCUCACAUUCUUUAACAUCUCUUGAAUAGUAUACAUGUAUAUCCCUGUCUGGCUGUCAAAUGAAAAUGACAAAAUGGAAGCUUUCAUUCAAUAGUUUAUGGACGAGAAACCUCAUGCCUCAGAGACCAUCAUGAGAUUAUUGCUAUAUUGCUGACUAUGCAAUCUUGUUACUCGUUUAUGGUUGGUGAGUUACAGUUGAAAAUUCUCAAGUUUGUUUCCCCUUCCAGUUCAAAGAGGAUAGGGAUGUGAUGUUUUGGUGAAUUUGAUAUUGGAUAUUGUGUGAUUUUCAUAUUAGGACUCUGUAACAUUUCGGAAUUGAUGUGUGUUUUGACAGCUGUUUCAAGACAUGGGAAUCUGUCAUUGAGUACCAGUUAGAGUUAUCUCCCUUUGUCUUCAUUAUCACAAGCUCCAUCCCAGGAUGUGACACCUUCAUAACCCUCCUGUAGGGCUGGGACGAGUCCAAAUAUAUAUGUUGCUGAGUGAGGGGUUAAACAACAAACAAACAAAUGUUAGAGGAGUGAAAGUAAAGUUGACAUCAGCAUGUCCAAAUGUGGCCUUAUCUACCUUUUACUGUUUCUGACACAGAAGUAUGAUCAAUGUACAAGGUCCUCCAGGUCUGAUGUUCACAGCCUUCUCUUGCUUGUAUAUAUGUAUAGUGGAGUCAAGCUAAACAAUAGUUAAUGUAUAUGUUUAUUAAAGUUUGAUAAAACUCA